AUGUUCCCAUGGUCGGCGGAUGAUGAUAGGAGGCCACGACUUCGUCGGCAUUCUAGAAAAAAUGAUGAAAAAAAAGAUGACAUAUUAGCCGCUUGGCACGAAGAAGGACGUUAUAUUCCGAACAUUCUAGUUUUUAAAUUUCAAAUAAUUAAAUGA